UCCCUCGGCUCCCUCCCCUUCCGGAAUCCCUUGGUCGACCUCUUCACUCACCCUCGACAACUCAGUUCUCCAACACACACUCUCUUUGUCGUGCCUCUCGGUCUCUCUCACGCUCACUCAGCACCCACACAACACCAACUCACGCUCUUUGUUCCCUCUCUCGCUCACCUCUCCGAAACUCCUCGCACUGCUCAUCAUGCGCUUCACCGCUACGCUCUCCUCUGCGCUCGUCGCCGUCGCCUUUGCCUCGAGCGCCGUCGCUCAGGCGCCGGCCGAUGUUGACGGUCUCGAGGACCGCAGCAUCGCCAUCCCUCUGCGUCGCCGUCACGCCGGCCUGCGCCACGGCGCUCUCGACGCGCGCGAUGGCUCCGGCGCCGCCGACAUGGCCGCCAUCGAGCGCGCCAUGGUGCACAUCGAGCGCCGCUACGGCAACGCCUCUGCCCCCGCCGUCGUUGCUCGGGCCGAGCGCGCCGAGAAGCGCUGGGUCAACAUCGUCGCUGCAGCUGCUGGCGCGGCUGAUGCGUGGGAAGACACCAUCGCCGCACUGAAGGACUCUGCGCACGGUGGUGUGGCCCAGAACACUGGCACCGGAUCGUCCAAGACGACCAAGUCGAGCAACUCGGCCAGCGAGGCCAAGAACCGCAUCGCAAUGAAGCAGGACGGGCCCGCCGUGUCGGCCGUCGCGCCGCUGCGCAACGUCGUCAUGUCGAACAACCGCGAGCUCGAGUUCCUGGCCGAGAUCAAGAUCGGCACGCCGGCGCAGAGCUUCUGGCUGGACCCUGACUCUGGCAGCGCCGAUCUCUGGGUCAAGGGCACCGACUGCACCUCGUCCUCCUGCGGCACCUCCUCUCGCACGCGCUACAACCAGUUCAAGUCGUCGUCGUACUCCGACACGCCCGGCUCGAAGAAGUUCAGCCUGCAGUACGGCAUCGGCGGCGUCUCUGGCCGUCUUGUGCGCGACAACGUCCGCCUCGGCAGCGUGCGCAUGCCCGGCAUGACGAUUGGUCUCGCCAACAAGGUCUCGCCCGACUUUGCCAACGACCCGGCCGACGGCAUCCUCGGCCUCGGCUACCGCGCCAUCGCCUCGGCGCACCAGAAGCCCUUCAUCGUGCGUGCCGCCGAGCAAAACCAUCUCUCGCGUCCCAUCGCCUCCUUCGCCUUCGGCCGGCGACUGAGCGGCACCGACAACAAGUCGGAGAUGCGCAUCGGCGCCGUCAACCGUGGGCUCUACAGCGGCAAGACGACGUGGUACCCGGUGACACAGCAGGCAUACUGGCAGUUCGCAUUCGACUCGUUCGGCGCGCAGGGCAAGAAUGGCCUGCAGCGCAGCGAGGGCAUCAUCGACACUGGCACCUCGCUCAUUGCCAUGCCCGCCGAGGAUGCCGCGACGUUCUGGGCCGACGUGCCUGACUCGCAGUUCGACGAGGAGAGCGGCACCUACACGUUCCCCUGCUCCACCAAGGUCAACGCCGUGCUGCGCAUGCCCGGCGGCCAGACGAUCAGCCUCAACAACAAGGACAUCAACCUUGGCACGGACGGCGUUGGCUCGCCCCGCUGCGUCGGCGCCAUCACGGCGAGCAACACGCCCGGACAGACCAUCUUUGGCCUGGCGAUGCUCAAGAACAUCUACACGGUGCUCGACUUUGGACAGAACCGCAUCGGUCUGGCCACGCUCAAGCUCUAGGCGUCGUCGUCGUUUCGCGCAUGGCCCUCGAAUCUC